CAUUUUCAUCGCAAGCUUUUGAGUCUCUUCUCCUCAGCAAUUCCCAUUUCCAAAGCUUUAGUUUUCUGGUUUAUCUCCUCUCUCGUUAUCUCUCUCUUUCGGACGAAAAUGAAGAGCGGAGGCGGCGGCGAGUCAACCACCAUUGAUAUUGAGGCAAGAAGUGCUUCCAAAGGAAAAGGGCCUGUUAUGGCAGUUCAUCAUGUGAAGAAAGAAAAGGGAGGAAUGGAGAGAGGGAUGGCCAUAAUUGACUUGGUUUUGAGGAUUGGGGCAAUAGUGGCUGCUCUUGCUGCUGCUGCCACCAUGGGAACCAGUGAUCAAAACCUUCCUUUCUUCACCCAGUUCUUCCAGUUUGAAGCUAGCUAUGAUGACAUGCCUAGCUUUCAGUUUUUCCUGAUAGCAAUGUCACUUGUAGCUGGCUACUUGGUGCUCUCACUUCCCUUCUCCGUCGUCUGCAUCGUUCGCCCCCAUGCAAGUGGACCAAGGCUCUUGCUCCUCAUCCUUGACCUUGUGGCACUGACUCUAGCCACUUCUGCUGCUGGGGCUGCAACAUCCAUAGUCUACUUAGCCCACAACGGCAACUCAAGCUCCAACUGGCUGGCCAUCUGCAACCAGUUUGGUGAUUUCUGCAGGAACGUGAGUGGGGCUGUGGUGGCUUCUUUCGUUACUGUUGUCACCUUCAUGUUCUUGAUUCUGCUGUCUGCGUUGGCUCUACGAAAGCAUCACUGACAAGAAGAUGAUGGAAGAGAUUAAUUAAGCUCUUCAACAAUUAAUAGUAAACGUUUGUUUGUGAUUCUAUUUGGGUGUUUUUUUUUUCUGCAAAACUACUUGUUAAUAUUGUGUGAAUUUGGUUGUAGUUUACUUUGUCCAAUGGAGGAUAUCGUAAUGGAAGUUAUUGUUAUUCUCUAUGUGCAUUAUUAAGCCAUCUCCUUACUCUAUUUUUGGAAUGACUAGAUUCUGAAAUAGUUGCCUUUUUUACA